GUCCCCCCCCUCGAUGAAGAGAUGAAAGGGGGUGGGAGAAAGAGUGUCCAAGCAUCGGACCGGGGUGGCUCUCUCCGACAUAGGCCGUUACACAAGCGAUGCAACACUCAUCUGAAGAUUCGAUUUGCAACCGAAAUUGCUCAAUAUCAAAGGGGGAGUGCAUUAUCAACUCCCGAUGUCUAUGCAAGCCCGUUGCACCAGGGCUGGGGAUGAUAAGGAUACCUGCUGCUGUUUCUCCUCCCCUACAUACAAACCCAAAUCCAUACAGAAUUUUCCCAAGUCAGUUGGGAAAUGGGUGGUGGAUAAUAAUGUUAAGCGUCCAUGCGCAGCGGCAGCCAAGAAAUGCGACGUCGACCAGGUCACUAAAAACUCCCGAUGCUAGAAGCCAAGAGUUGCUGCGCACAGCCAACUUCCUUUCGAAUUUUACUUCUCUGGAGAGGUCCAUCAAUUCCGUGUGCAGGAUAGCGCGGACACUGGGUUGGCCAGAUCAAGGCAGCGCUGCAGCAUAAGUCUUUUAAAUUCUCCCAUGGUCCGUGCAGACCUUCAGCAUGACGACUGACCUGACAACGCGAUUCGAUGGGAAUGGACAAGGAAGCGAAAGGAAGGGGAGGGAGAGAAGAAAGUAUCAAGUGCCUUGGAAAUGGGUCGUUGGAGUAGCGCUAAGCGACCGGGCAGCUAUCCAUUCAUAUCCACUUCCCAACCCAGUCUCCGUAUAUUAGUUAUAGUCUAGUCUAGUACUAGUAGUAAUCUGCCUCCGGUGUGGGUACCGCAAUUACUAGCCGCUUCGGCCCUAG